CAUUCAGGGGGCCUUCGGAAUGGGCUGUCUUGAUAUGGGAGGACUUAGAAAUGGGGAGACCUUUGGAACUUGAGGAGGGGGCUUUGGAAAUGGGGGCAGCAGGUCUGGGACAGGGGCUGGAUUUGGGGGAGCUGCUCUGGGCCGGUUUGGGGGUCUCCCCAUGUGGGUGGCAUGGGAUCAGUGCAUCCAUGUGGGAAAGGGGUUUGGGAACAACGUGCUGGGAGGGGAGGGGGAGCAGCCCCGAGCUGCUCCCAAAUAUUCCUCAUCCCCCUGGAGCUUCCCCCAUCCUGAUCCUCUCCCUUCAGAGCUGGGAAUGUCUCCUCCUGGCUGACAUUCCCGAUGGGAUGGAAGCCCUGACCCCUGACAAGGCCCUGCAGCACAACCCUUGCUCGGCGCCGGCGUCCGCCGCUGCCACCGACGGAAAACCUUGGGAAAACGGGAAAAAUGGGAAUGCAGGGAUGAAGCCCUUCAAGAAGAGGCACCUCACGGCCCCCGAGUGCGAGGCCCUCGCCCGGAGCGCGGAAGGUUCGUCCGCCCUCACGCAGCCCCUGAGCCAAAAACGAGGGAGAGGAGAUGGGAAUAAGGGCCUUCAUCCCACCCACCGGACACGGAGAUCCCAGGGAGGACAAGGCCAGCAGAAGAACAUCCUGGAUUUCUUCGGGAAAUCCCAGAAGCAACAAGCGGGCGGGAUCAAAGAGGAGCCGCGGGAUCCCUUUUUCCCCGGAGCCGACGAUUCCUUCGGCAGCCACACGGACGUCAGCAGCGACUCCUCAGCUUUCCUGGAGGAUGAGGACUUCGUGCCAGCACCCAGGGGAAAAUCCAGGAAACGGCCCCUCACCGCCACAGCCUCGGGAAUUCCCAAUCCGGAGCAGGAUUUGUGGGGGGAGCCCGAGGAGAAGCCGCCGGUUCCUGCGGAGCUCGGCCGGGUCAAGCAGGAACCGGAUGAUGUGGAAGUGGAGCCAGUCCCUGAUCCACACUUCGGGCUCCUGGGCACUCGGAACUGGGAAGAGCCUCAGGGAAACCUGGAUGAGCUGCCCGUGGAAGUCCUCAGGAACAUCUUUGCCUUCCUUCCCGUGGCUGAUCUGUACCAGAACCUGAGCCUGGUGUGUCGCUGCUGGAGGGAGAUAGUCAGGGAUCCACUGGUAAGGAAUUCCCUGGGAUGAAUUCCAGCCCUGUCCCUUCUCCUCCUGCUCUGUCCUGUCUUAUUGUGGCUCCUCGCAACCAUCCAUGCUUUGCCUGUCUCUCUGUG